UACCGCCGCCACCGCCGCCCCGCCCGCCCGACGGCAGCCGCGGCUCGGCCGGAGCCCGCCUCGGAGGAGCCCCGCCGGGGGAAAACUCGCCGGGGGCAAACUCGCCAGCGCCAGGAAGCCUGGAGAACACAGACAUUCAAAAGAGCCUUCAUCUUUGUCGUGCAUGCAUCUGGCAGUUGUGGCAUGUGGGGACCGGCUGGAAGAGACGCUGAUCAUGCUGAAAUCAGCAGUUCUCUUUAGCAACAGGAGGCUCUGCUUUCACAUUUUUGCUGAGGAUUCCCUUAAGCCUGAAUUUGAGAAGAAGUUAAAGGAAUGGCCUUCUUCAUAUACAAAGAAGUUUGAGUACAACAUUUACCCAAUAACCUUCUCAGUAGGAAAUGCUCAGGAAUGGAAAAAGUUAUUCAAACCAUGUGCUGCCCAGCGCCUUUUUCUUCCGGUCAUUUUGAAGGAUGUGGACUCUCUCCUUUACGUGGACACUGAUGUUCUCUUCCUGAGGCCCAUCGACGACAUCUGGCACAUCCUGAAAGAGUUCAACUCCACCCAGCUGGCUGCUAUGGCCCCAGAGCACGAAAUACCAAAGAUUGGCUGGUACAGUCGAUUUGCGCGUCACCCUUAUUAUGGGACAACUGGAGUCAAUUCUGGAGUGAUGCUAAUGAAUUUAACACGCAUACGCAACACUCAGUUCAAGAACAGCAUGAUCCCGAGUGGUUUGAGUUGGGAGGAGAUGUUAUACCCAUUAUACCAAAAGUACAAAAAUUACAUUACGUGGGGAGAUCAGGAUUUACUAAAUAUAAUUUUUUACUUUAACCCAGAGUGUCUCUAUGUGUUUCCGUGUCAGUGGAACUACCGGCCCGAUCACUGUAUGUACGGGAGCAACUGUAAAGGUGCAGAAGAGGAGGGUGUCUCUAUCCUGCAUGGAAAUAGAGGCGUCUACCACGAUGACAAACAGCCUACGUUCAAGGCACUCUAUGAAGUGAUACGUGAUUUUCCAUUUGAAGACAAUCUCUUCCAGUCUCUGUACUACCCUCUGCAGUCUAAGUUUCUGGACACGGUGCACACUUUAUGUGGGAGAAUUCCACAAGUAUUUCUGAAGCAAAUUGAGAAAACUAUGAAGAAGGUGUAUGAAAAUCGGGUCAUCGUCUACUUGGGGGCCAACCACAGAUACUGAAUGUAGCUGUAUUUUUACACAGAGUUUUUAAUUCUCACACCCCAUCUCAUGAAGCGUAUAAAUGAGAGUAUGAACUCCUUUACUGAAACUCAGAAUUAAAAUAUUUUCCCUAUCCAGUUUCCUAGUAACCCCACAAAUUACAAAAACAGGAAAUCCUAGAAGUCUACCUAAAGUGUCCUUUCCUGGGCCUUUUGUUCCUUCCUACGUUUACUCUUGGUUGCAACAGGGAGAGUUGAUGAUUCUCACUUUUA